AUGACAGGGUGCGAGCUGAACUCACAGGAACGCAAUGCGUUCGUCAAAGAUAUCAAGUACAACUACAAGUCUCUGUGCUCAGACUGUCAAGAAUUCAGGUUACUUGAUGUACAGCCCGCUGAAUUCUGGGACGCACUCGUAGUAUGCACUCUACGCCACGCGAGUCUCAAGGGCGCCCGCAUGCCCAAGUACGAGAGCAUCUCGUACGUCUGGGGAGACGCUAAAGAACUUGAGACACUCGUCAUCGAUGGAGAGACGUACAAAUACUCAGCUAGCUGCGUGGCAGCAUUACGGCGUACGCGAUUCUCGAGUGUCAUCCGGACUGUAUGGAUUGAUGCUGUGUGCAUCAAUCAGAAGAAUCUCGAAGAACGCGCACAACAGGUCGCACUGAUGGGCGACAUAUACCGGAGCUCGAUUGGAAACCUUGUCUGCUUCGGUCAUUGCGAGGAUGAGCACUCAACUAGCUUAGCUCUACAAGACAUCUCGACCAUUCUCAAAGACAUGAACGAAGAGACGAACAAUCUCAAGCAUAUUGAUAAGACUCCGAUCAAGGCCGACUCAGGAUUGCGCUGUUCUGUAGAUUUUGAGCGGCUACAGACAUGCCUCUUCUCGCUGCCAUGGUUUAGAUUGUGGGUCAUCCAGGAAGCUGUCCUCGCUCCUUCAAAUACAUGCUUCUUUGGGUCUUUCCAGUUUGACCUACUAAACCUCCUGCGGGCCGCCAACUGGCUACGUUACAAGGAGCUCUACGUGUCUAGCAGUAUUACUGAGUCCACGGGUUGCAGAAACGCCUGGAUCAUAUGGGAUCUGGCAGAUGUGCCUUACGGCGGUUCGACUUGCGGCCCGCUAAUGGUCAGUCACUUGUUGGAGAAGGCAAGGGCUUUCCAGACAAGUGUACCAGCUGAUCGGGUGUACGGUAUGCUUGGGUUGAAGACAUGGUCGGACGAGAUUCCUUGUCUCCUGCAGCCGGACUACAACCGGUCGUACCACGAGGUUGUGCGCGAUGCUAUGAGAUUUGCACUGAAGGAGUACGAGGACGGUCCAUGGCUUUGGAAAAACGUCAGUCUCACCUCUAAUGAAAGCCUGGAGGAGUCUUCUGCCCCCACAUGGGUCCUGAACUUGGACAAAUGGGGUCAAGAAAUCCAUCCUGUGACAUUUAUGCAUAGCCACUUCAAUUGCGCCAAGGCAUACGCCCAGCCAUGGCCCGAAUCAAAUUCAGGAUGUGGCAUUGAUCUGAACGUACUUGAAGUCUCGGGAUUCAAGCUGUGUACUAUAGAGGAAACAUUACCGGAGCUUACUGAAGAGAUCUGGGAGGAUCCGCCUCGGCAAAGAAAAUGGCUGAAGGAUUGCAUCCAAAUCACUCAAGAGCAGAGUGAUGAGCUGGAAACGGCGUCUUUAUUCAUCGGUGGAGUCAAUUGCGAGAACGAGCUCGCAACCGCCGCGGAUCUAGCGGCAUGGACGGAUCUCAAAGCCUACAUCUUCGACGAUGAUCGAUGUUCGCUUGAUUGGACAUCAAUGGAACUAGGAGACUUGCGGCCUGCCAGGCGGUAUGAAGUCGCCCUGCUCAACGUCUGCAGAAGACGACGUGUGUUCCGUACCACUGCAGGAUACGUAGGAGUGGGAUCCAGGAUCACGAGGAGAGGUGAUGUUGUUGCCAUGAUCCUCGGCGGAAUGAUGCCAUACAUUCUUCGGCCAACGGGGGACGGGAAAUAUCGUUUCCUGGGAGAAUGCUACAUUCAAUCCGACGAUGUCAUGUUUGGCGAGAAAGUGGCGAUGUUGCAAGAGAGUGGCGCGCAGAGCGAAAUCUUUCGCAUGGUGUAG